AUGGCAGAAGAUUACAUUGUACAUAGAGAGAUAGACAGAGGACUAUCAGUGUGGGAACGACAUUUAUUGCAACAAGUCUGUCAUGGAGUUCAUCCUCAUGAAUUUGUCAACCAUAGCAAGAUGGGUAUAACAUUAAGCAAACUGGACAGUGAAUUCAUCAUAGAAUUUUACAAGAAGCAAAUUGUUAUUUUGCGGUGGGGUCUGCAAAGGGGAACUAGUGUCCUACCAUGUAGCGUGAAGCCUGAUCGGAUAAGGAAAAACAUAGACAUUUUUAGUUGGUCUUUGGCGAGUGAUGAAUGGAACCGACUGAACAAGAUUGAACCACAGGUAUGCCUGUUCGGAAAUGGUCCUGUGAAUAAUCUCCUAGACAGUGGGUUUAUACCUGGGAGUGGUCCCCUUCAAGCUGUGUAUGAGAUGGAAGAUGAUGUGGAAUCCAAUUCUUGAUAUGCUUAAUUGAAAUUUGUGAGUAAUAUGUUGUGUAAGUUACAAAGAUGUCUUGAUGUAUUAUGUCAUAUACCUGUUGUUUGUAAUAUGCUCUCCUUGUGGAUAUUGAACCUGAAGUCAAAAGGAUAGAUACAUCAUUGUGAAUUUUGAAUUUCUGAAAAUGCAUCUAUUUUCUAUCUUCCUUGCAGGGUGUGGCUGAAGCCAUGUAGAGAAAG